ACAAAUGUCGUGUUUCCCUGUACAAGGCGGACUUAUUUUGCAGGGCGCAAACUCUUCAUGUAGGAACAGCACGAUGGAUUCCCAGAGAGUGAUGGAUUAUCUGACUGAGGUAGAAGUCGCUGCUGAAGAUGUGCUCGCUGACAAACAGCAGAUUGUAGACCUGGACGCAAGAAGAAACAGAAACCGAGAGGCGAUGAAUGCUCUGAGGAACAACGCUUCUGAUAACGGUAACUACAAAGUCAAGGUUUGCUUUGGGAACAUGUUCAUUAAAUUCCCCAAGGAGAGCACCAAAUCCAUGAUUCAGAAAGAUCAAGAGCAGCUCGAGCAGGAGAUAAACGACCUCCGGAAAGGUCUCAAAGCAAAAGUAAACCGGCUCAAUGACCUUCAAGGGAAGCCUGAACUCCGGGGAUACAACCUGUCUCCGCUGACCGGCGAUGAACUCAAGGCUAUGAAUAGCAUCCUGAAGCGAUAACAUCAGCUUCGAGUUAGAGUUAAAACGUGAGGAAGAAGAGUGAUGAGGGGUGGUUAGAAUCGCAUGAACGUGACGACAACGAUUAGUGAAAAUACUCGACUGCGCACUCAUACACACUGCAGGGAUGCUCUGAGCAUAUAUGCAAACUAUUGUUGCACAGCGUUGAUAGCGUUGAGUGUGGAAGUUUGCACCCCUUCACUGGGAAACGAUGACCUCAACAAGACAUUGAUAUUUACAGACGUUCCUGAAGUCAAUAAAAGGGGAAACAUCUAGUGUGAUAUUUCUGACUGAGUUAAAAAUGCGCCUGUUGUUUGUUUUGGAUGUUCUUGCAAAUCCCUUUGAUAUAUUUUUCUUCCCAAAGUUAUUUUUCUUCCAGUCUUUGGCUGUGUCUUUCAACAGUGUUUUUCUUGUUAUCUGUUAUCACCUUCUCCAGCGCUAGGAAAGGUCAAACUGCUUGAGUUUUAGGACUUGUAUGGAGUAUGCGCCACAUAAUCGCAGACAAUAAUAAUAGUAAAAAUGUGUACUUGUCAAUAUUUUGAAGAGUUUUAAAAAAAUUAUUUAUGAGCAGACGUUAUAUUUCUAAAAGGAGUUCAGUGUCCGCGCUUUGUAACACUUACUCUAUGGGAAAGUCUUCAGGCCGGAUGACUUUGCAGUUUUUUAGUCACAUGACAAGCUGCUUUUUUUGUGUGUGUCUUAUUAACAUCAAGACUGAGAAGUUGCUGAAGAAAAGUCAGUUUAUAGUUGCUAUAAUGUAUGUAAUAACAGUUAUCUUGUCUCAUGGAUGUUCCACGAUGUUAUACAGUAUGUAACAAACUGCUACAAAGUUCAUUAAAAGAAAAAUAAUAAUUUAA